CCGACAGAGGAGGGAGGGGCGAUCAAGGUGCAACCCACGAUACAUUCCUAUGGCUGGUUUCUGAUUUCACAUGCAGUGUCUGUUUCAGUCUGUCUUUUCAAGGCGACCCUUUAAAUCCCUGCUUUCCACACUCGCUUCACGUCAUCGAUGUUCCCCCCACUGAUGGCCGCCGAGGAGCAGCACCAAAGACCCUCACUGCUGGAGAGGUGCAGUUCGCAGAUUGGAGAACAAGUGAAUGAUCAACCCAGAGAAAAGGCGCUGAAGACACACGGAAGGAGCUGUGCAGAAGAUGGCGACAGAAAUAAACCAACGUAUUGCGUGACUGAUGUUCCCCCAUGGUACCUCUGUAUUUUCCUAGCCAUACAGCAUUACCUGACAGCAUUUGGUGGGAUUAUCGCCAUCCCUCUCAUUCUCUCCGAGGGCCUGUGUCUGCAGCACGACAGCCUGACCCAGAGUCGCCUCAUCAACACAAUUUUCUUUGUCUCUGGCCUGUGCACCCUGUUGCAGGUCACAUUCGGUGUCAGGCUUCCCAUCCUACAGGGAGGUACAUUUGCCUUGGUGGCACCUGCUAUGGCUAUGUUGUCAAUGCCAGAAUGGGAAUGUCCAGCAUGGACUCAGAACGCCAGUCUGGUCAACACCUCCUCGCCUGUCUUCAUAGAAGUGUGGCAGACGCGCAUGAGAACAUUGCAAGGUUCCAUCAUGGUGGCCUCCCUCCUCCAGAUCCUGGUCGGUUUCUCUGGCCUCAUCGGUUUCCUCAUGCGCUUCAUUGGACCAUUAACCAUGGCCCCCAUUGUCUCUCUCAUAGGCCUGUCACUGUAUGACCAAGCUGGAGCCAAGACCGGCAGCCACUGGGGCAUCUCUGCCAUGACCACAGUGCUGAUCAUCCUGUUCUCCCAGUACCUCCGUCUCAUACCGAUCCCGGUUCCUGCGUACAGCAAAACUAAGAAACUGCACACUUCGAAAUUCUUUAUCUUCCAGACAAUGCCUAUUCUGCUGGGCAUUGCGGUCUCAUGGCUAGUCUGCUACAUCCUCACCAUCUAUGAUGUCCUACCAUCUGACCCAGCUCAAUAUGGCCACCUGGCCCGCACUGAUGUGAAGGGAAAUGUGGUCAAUGAAGCUCCCUGGUUCAUGUUACCUUAUCCUGGUCAAUGGGGGAUGCCAACUGUGAGCCUGGCAGGUGUGCUUGGCAUCAUGGCUGGAAUAAUAUGCUCCAUGGUGGAGUCCGUGGGCGACUACCAUGCAUGUGCCAGGCUGUCAGGGGCACCGCCUCCGCCCAAGCACGCAAUCAACCGGGGCAUUGGUGUUGAAGGGCUUGGCUGUUUGUUGGCAGGAGCUUUUGGCACAGGCAAUGGCACCACCUCGUUCAGCGAGAACGUGGCAGCCCUCGGUAUCACCAAGGUGGGUAGUCGCACUGUGAUUCUCCUGAGUGGAGUUUUCAUGAUUUUGAUAGGGAUGCUGGGUAAAAUUGGGGCGGCAUUUGCAACUCUCCCCACCCCUGUGAUUGGAGGGAUGUUCCUGAUCAUGUUUGGAGUCAUAGCUGCUGCUGGAAUUUCUAAUCUACAGUCCACAGACAUGAAUUCCUCCAGGAAUAUCUUUGUUUUUGGGUUUUCCUUGUUUUCUGCACUCGUCAUUCCAAACUGGAUCAAGAAGAAUCCGGAUUGCAUAAACACAGGUUUGAAAGAGCUGGACCAGGUGUUGUUCAUAUUGCUGACCACUCAGAUGUUUGUAGGAGGGUUCCUCGGCUUCUUCCUCGAUAACACAGUUCCUGGGACUAAACGUGAACGUGGCCUUUUAGCCGGGGACAAAGUGCACCUUGAAGACACUGGCAACACCUUAGGAAGUGAAGAAGUGUACGACCUUCCCUUCGGUAUUACCUCUUGCCUCGCAUCCCGGUCUUGGGUUCAUUACAUCCCUUUCUGCCCAUGGAAGGGCAACAAUGUGUCACAGGGCCAAGGGACUCAGCACAGCACAGAGGGCACUGAUGAAUUUGCUCUAUAAGGUCUGAGGUUGUUUAA